AUGGCAGGAAAUGAAGAUUCCCCUUCUCACACUGUGUCUGCACAAGAAAUUCAGGAAGUGCGUGCACAAAUGCAACAAUUGAUGCAAGGGAUGCAAGCGCUUCAACGAUCACUACAGCAGCAACAUGGGGAGCAUCCACCUCAUGAUGAUGAACACAUUGAGGAUGAUGAUCAACAUGCCGGUGGCGGUGGUGGUGGUCGUGGCCGAGGAUUCGCUGCUGGUUUUGAUAACUUUGCAGGUGGCCGUGGCCGAGGAUUUGCUGCUGGUUUUGGUCGUGCACGACGUGUUCCUGUUGGGCAUCCUCCUGAUCUUGAUGCUGAAACAUUUUCAAAUUAUAGUGCUGAACAUGGAGGUGAUCCUUAUGGUCGCCGUGGUGCAUAUGAUGAUCAUGGUGGUGAUAACUUUGGCCGUUUUGGAGCCCGUGGUCGUUAUGGUGAUCACCGUCGACGUCAUCAUGAACGACGUCACAAUGAUGAUGGUUUGGGCAAGGUUAAAGUGUCCAUUCCUCCAUUCAGCGGCAAGGAGAAUGCUGAUGAUUACUUUGAAUGGGAAACCAAAGUGGAGCAACUAUUUGAUUUGUAUGAAUACCCUGCUGAAAAGAAGGCAAAGCUUGCAGCCAUUGAGUUUAAAGGUUAUGCCAUAACUUGGUGGAAUCAGGUCCGUACUGAAUAUCAAAGAGUUGGGCAUGAUCGUAUAACUUGGGAAGACAUGAAGAGGGAAAUGAGACGUCGUUUUGUUCCUGCAUAUUAUUCUCGUGAUCUACAUUUGAAACUGAAACGUCUUGUGCAAGGUACUCGCAGUGUUGAUGAAUAUUUUCAGGAAUUGGAAAUGUGCUUACUUCGUACAGGGAUAACUGAGGAUGAGGAAUCAACAAUGGCUCGGUUUUUGGUUGGCCUCAAUAAACCCAUUGCUGAUAAAGUGGAUAUGACAAAUUACACUUGUCUCACUGAGUUGGUUCAUUUUGCAAAGAGGGCUGAACGACAAGUUGCUACGUCUUACAAAUACAAUGCUUCAUGGCGUCAUUCCCAACAGCAAGGGGAUGUCACUCCUCAAUUCCAACAGCAAGGAGCUGCAACGCCCAAAUCCUCAUCUCGUGGAACAAAUAGAUCCAUUCCACCUUCUUCCAAACAAUUGGAUACGAAAGGUAAAGCUGUGAGUUCAAAUCAGCCCACUUCUUCUACUGCAGCCACCCAACGCAAGACAAGCAAGAUUGAGUGUUUUAAGUGUGGUGGUCAUGGGCAUAAACAAGCUGAAUGUCCCAAUCGUCGUACUAUUAUUGCCCUUGCUGAUGGUUCUUAUGAUUCACAAAGUGAAGAGGAGGAUGAGCUUACCAAUGUAUUUUCAGAUUUUAAUCUUGACACUUGUGAGUAUUCAGCAGAGGAUGGUACAUUUGAGCUAGGUCUGAAUUGUUUAGCAAUUCAACCUAUUUCAACUUUUGCUCACAAUGACAUGUUACAAGAUGUUAUUUCUCCAUCUUCUGACGAGAUUACUAGUGCUGAUUUUGAUGAGUUGCUUGCUGAUUUUCCUGAUUUCGAGCCUUCUACAAUGAAUACACCAUCUCCUUCUUUGGUGGUUAGGAGAGUUCUUUCCACUCAGUUUGUUGCUGCGGAACAAGGACAAUGCCAUAAUUUAUUUCAGUCCCGAUGCAAAGUACAAGGCCAAGUGUGCCGUUUCAUCAUAGAUGGUGGGAGCUGCAAUAAUAUUGUUAGUGCUUUGCUUGUUGAGAAGCUUGGUUUGCAGCCACGUCGCCAUCCACAUCCGUACCAUAUGCAAUGGCUGAAUAAUUCCGGGAUAGUUAAGGUUUCAGCCAUGAUUCGUUUGUCAUUUUCCAUUGGUGAUUAUCAUGGAGAGGUGGAUUGUGAUAUUGUCCCCAUGCAAGCAUGCCAUUUGCUGCUUGGUCGGCCCUGGCAAUUUGAUGUGGACUCAGUGCAUUUUGGACGGUCUAACAAAUACACUUUCAUUCACAAUGACAAGAAGGUGGUUCUUGUUCCAUUAUCUCCAGAGGAGAUACAUACUUCAGAUAUGGCUCGCAAGAAAAGAGAGGAAUCAGACAAAAGAAAAUUGAGUGAGACCCCCAACCCAAGUAAGGGAGAGAUCCCAAAGAAAGAUGGCUCUUGGCGUAUGUGUGUUGAUUGUCGUGCUAUCAAUGCUAUAACUGUUCGAUAUCACCAUCCCAUUCCACGACUUGAUGACAUGUUAGAUGAAUUGAGUGGUUCUAUCAUUUUCACCAAAAUAGAUUUGCGUAGUGGUUAUCAUCAAAUCCGCAUGAAACUUGGUGAUGAAUGGAAAACAGCGUUUAAAACUAAAUUUGGUCUCUAUGAAUGGCUUGUGAUGCCAUUUGGCUUGACAAAUGCUCCUUCAACUUUUAUGCGCUUAAUGAAUCAUGUUUUACGAGCUUUCAUUGGCAAGUUUGUUGUUGUUUAUUUUGAUGAUAUUCUGAUCUAUAGCAAAUCAUUUGAUGAACAUCUUGAUCAUAUCCAUCAAGUACUUGCUGUUUUGAGGGAAGAGAAAUUGUAUGGCAACAUUGCUAAGUGCACCUUUUGCACAGACCGUGUUGUUUUCCUUGGCUUUGUUGUUUCCGCAGAUGGUAUUCAGGUUGAUGAAGAGAAGGUUAAAGCAAUAAAGGAUUGGCCUACACCGGUAAAUGUGAGCCAAAAGGAUGUUCCAUUCAAGUGGGGAGAUGAACAAGACCAAGCCUUCAAUGAGCUGAAAACAAAGCUUUGUGAAGCACCGCUGCUACAACUUCCUGAUUUUGGUAAGACAUUUGAGAUCGAAUGUGAUGCAAGUGGUAUUGGCAUAGGAGGUGUACUGCUGCAAGAAGGUAAACCUGUUGCCUACUUUUCUGAAAAGUUAAAUGGUCCACAUCUGAAUUACUCGGUUUAUGACAAAGAGCUUUAUGCCUUAGUUCGUGUUUUGGAAGUUUGGCAACAUUACUUGUUACCUAAAGAAUUUGUAAUCCAUUCUGAUCAUGAAGCUUUGAAAUAUCUUAAAAGUCAAGGCAAGCUGAACCGUCGACAUGCUAAAUGGAUUGAGUUCAUUGAAACGUUUCCCUAUGUUGUCAAACAUAAGCGUGAAGCACAUGCAGGUGGACUAGCUGUCCAUUCUACAACAAACUCUUGUCCAUUUGAAAUUGUUUAUGGGUUUAAACCGCAUACUCCCAUGGAUCUUUUGCCUUUACCAUUACAGGAACAAGUUAACUUGGAUGCCACAAAAAGAUCAGACUUUAUCAAGCGGUUACAUGCGGAGACAAGAAAGAAUAUUGAGAAGAAAUCAGCACAAUAUGCAAAGCAAGCAAACAAAGGUAAGAAGAAGGUUACAUUUCAGCCAGGAGAUCUUGUAUGGUUGCAUCUACGAAAGGAUCGCUUUCCCCAACAGCGUAAGAGUAAGUUAUCUCCUCGGGGUGAUGGUCCGUUCAAGGUUCUCCAAAAGAUAAAUGAUAAUGCUUACAAAAUUGAGCUGCCACCUGAAUAUUCC